UGUCAAUGUGUUCGUACAUUUGAGUAGAAACAGAGGCCCGCUACAGGGAAAAAUUGGAGCUGUUGCAUCAGGAGCUGGUCAACAUGAGAAAGAAGGAAAUCAUUGAACGAGAGCACCAGUGGAACAGUCGGAUAAGUGCUUUGACCGCAAACCACCACAAAAUAUUUGGUGACGCACUCUCGCUCCUCAAUCAAACCAUGGAACGAGAUUUAUUUCACAAUGAUUCGUUGAAGAAACAAAUAGAAGAAACAAAGAUGAAACAAAAAGAAAAGGAAAAAACUCUGACUCAUGUUCUACCGGAAAACAAGCAUCUCAAUAAGCUUCUACUUGACGUCCAGGAAAAAACUGCUGACGUUCAGAGAAAAAUGAAGAACCCCAUUCGGAAAGAGGAUGCAAUUGAAAAGAUGAGAGAAAAGGAACUCCAAGCUCAGCAACAGAAAUUAGAGCAACUGAAGCAAAAAUUCACUGAGCUUCAGCGGGAACGAGAUGAGCUGUGUGCGUCCCUCGCUCAGGACAUUGAGAGUGCUCAGCGGGAAGAAGAUGAGAAGAACGCUAAGAUGGAGGAAAAAGUAAAGGACAUAGUGGAAAACCUGGAGACGACACAGGCCAAGAUCUCUGCUGUCUUAUUGGUAUCCAAUGUGGACAAAUGUGCACUCAAUAACAACACAAGCAGUGUUGAGGAUAUAAUAGACUCCAGCAAUAAAUCCAUUAAGGAUUUGCAAUACAAAAUAUCCCGAAUUUCCAAGGCCCGUGAUGAUUUACUGCUGAGGUUUGAGACGAAGCAAAGAGCUCUUGGUGUACCUGUGGAUGAACUUAGUGUUCCAUUUUCCUCAUUUGGGAAUAAAUAUUGGGUGUAUAAUGAGCUUUAAAUCAAACAACAGAAUCCACAAUAUCUGAUUUGUCAGAAGUGCUCGUUUUGGUUGACUUUAAAAAUUGAACUAAAUCAAGUACUAUUGAAGUUAGUGAUUAUCAAAUCUUUCUUCUGUCAUGUAAUGGAACAAGGCGUAUUUCAUAAA